AUAAAACCCACAAAAAAAAAAUACCGAUUUUUUUGUUUUGGUUGACAAUCUAUAUCUUUGUUGCAUCAUUUCCUAGUAUCGAUUGUAACCUUUUCUUCCCCCCGAAUUUGCAAAAGGGGCACGAACAAACAUCUUAGAAAAAUACAAGAGAAGCCCACCGACAUGGCAUCUUCCAGCACCGGGACAGGUUCUCCGUGCGGCGCGUGUAAGUUCCUACGGCGAAAAUGCGCGUCGGACUGCAUAUUCGCGCCAUAUUUCUCGUCGGACCAAGGUCCCGCGAGAUUCGCGGCAAUACACAGAGUGUUCGGAGCAAGCAACGUUUCCAAGCUCUUGCACAGCGUCCCCGUCCACGACCGUUGUGAAGCCGUCGUCUCCAUUGCCUACGAGGCCCAGGCUCGUCUCUCUGACCCCGUCUACGGCUGCGUCGCUCAUAUCUUCGCCCUCCAACAACAGGUAGCUUUCUUGCAAGCACAAUUAAUGCAACUGAAGGCUCAGCUGAUCUCUCACAACAAUAUUGCGACAUCGACGACAAACAUCUCGGAGACACAGCACUUGUGGCAACUAGCAAGCGGAUUUCCGACAGGUACGACACCACCGUACACUCGGCACGGUCACGUAAACCCUAGCACGGUUUCGCCGCAAAGCUCGCUGGAAUCGUUUGACCAAAGCAACACGAGCAGCGACGUCACCAACGUGCAGGAGAUUCAGAGCAGAGGACAUGAUGGAUUAGGGUUCCACGAAGGUUAUCCGAACAAGAAGAGAUUAGUAACUCAGUGUAAUAAUAACGAUUUAAGCGAGCUUCAAGCUUUGGCUCGACGGAUGAUGAGGAACUGAUUUCAAAGACAAACAGAAACAAAUACUUUUCUUUAUCUUUUUUUUUUUUUAAAAAAUUUCCUCGUGUUUUCCCCCUUUUUUUUACAGACGGUAAAGAAACAGCGGUGUUACUUUUUUACUCUUCUUUUGCCCUCUUGGUAAAAUUCCCUCUUCUGUGCA